AGUUCAGUAAGUUGUCAAUAUUGUUGUAUUGUUGUGGGGCUCGGUUGUUGUUUUAGGUUGUUGUCUUGUCGGUUGUUCUAUAUCUGUAAUGUAUUUUGAGUAAUUAACAUAGCCAAGUUCUGGCAUAUAUUAGAGAAUUAAUAUCAUUGUUUUCGUUUUGUUGAAAAUUAUCAUUAAAGUUUUUUCAAGGAAAAUUAAUUAUGGAUCCUAAAUCAAAGUUACCAAAACCAUCAGGAUUGAGAGCACCACAAGUAUUUACCAAUCCCAGACCAUUGUCUGAUAAUAAACAGAAUCUUCCAAAUGUUGCUGCAAUAAGGCCUGAAGUCAGAGCAGGACCCCGACCUGUAUUCUCUAGAUUAAUUAGCAGACGUUCAAAAUCUGUGACUGAUUUGCGGCCAAUCAGUGAAAGGGUUCAGAGUCAGAGACUACGUCCAAAACCGAAAGUAGAACCUUCAGUUUCCACUGAUAGAGCAGAACCCCCAAGUUCCAUUAAGAGAGCUCCAGUAAAACGGCCUGCUAUCUCAAAAACUGAUGAUGACAUCAAACCCAAAUCUGCCAAACAAACUAGACAAGUUAAAAUCCCUGAUUGGGAUUACAAGACAAGGUUCCAAAAUUUGAGUGAGAAAUACAACAAGGUUGUGGACACCUUGAAAACUGCUAAAAGUGAUCUGGCUGAUUUGGAAUCUAUAAAAAGUGAGCUCGAAAAUAAAAGAGUUAGACUCAUAGAUUUGGAAGAAAAAGAUAUAGAACAAAGAAGAAGAUUGAAUGAGUUGACUAAUCUGGAAGCAGACUUCCAGGACUUGCAGGAAAAACAUUAUUCAUUAAAAAAACUACAGCUUGAACAAUCAAUAGAAUUGGAUAGGCUGUUACAUGUGGAGAAAGAUUUUAUUGAUAUGAAGCAAAAAUAUGACGUACUGAAAACUCUAGAACACGAAAAGUCCAUUAAAUUAGAAUUAUUGUCCCAUGUUCAGGAUGAUUUAACCCAACUCACUACAAAAUUCGAAUCUCUUUGUGAUGAAGCAUCAUUUCUACGACAAAAAGUCAUUGAUGCUGAAUUAAUGAGGCGUAAAUACCAUAAUACAAUCCAAGACUUGAAAGGAAACAUACGCGUCUUCUGUAGAGUGAGACCACCGGUCACUGAUGCUGAGUUGACCAAACCACAAUGUUUCAUUGGUUACACAAGUGAGAGUGUGAUUGAAAUAAAAAAAACGAAAGAAUCCGUAUGUCCAUCAACUGGAAAGCCUCCUGACAUCAAGGCUGAGUUUGUGUUUGACAGAGUUUUCUCACCUGCCUGUACACAAACUGAAUUCUUUGAAGAGCUAUCUCAAUUAGUACAGUCAGCUCUUGAUGGCUAUGAUGUGUGUGUCUUUGCCUAUGGACAGACAGGCUCAGGAAAGACUUACACUAUGCAAGGCGACAGUUCACCAGAACACCUUGGUAUGAUUCCGAGAUCUGUCAAUCUCAUAUUCGAAACCAUCGACAGUUUAGCCAAAUCUAAUUGGGUGUACACAGUCAAAGUCAGUUUUCUGGAAAUAUAUAACGACAAUGUCCGAGAUCUUUUGGAUCCAAAGGGUACUCAGAAUUUGGAAAUUUGUCACAAUGAAGGAAAAGGCACCACCGUAUCCAACCUCAAAAUACAACAAAUUCAUUCGCCUAAAGAUUUUCACGAUCUAAUGACAUCAGCCCUGAAACACAGGAUGGUAGCAGCCACAAAUUUCAACGAGCUAAGUUCGCGGUCCCAUGCUGUUACAAAGAUAUAUUUACAUGGUUCUAAUUCCGCUGCUGCAGUCUCGUACACAGGUUCAGUCAAUUUGGUAGAUCUGGCGGGUUCAGAAAGCGCAAAAACUAGUCUGGGUGAGAGAUUGGUCGAGACGAAAAGUAUUAACAAGAGCUUAUCUGCAUUGGGUACAGUUAUGUUGGCCCUUUACAAUAAAAAUUCCCAUGUGCCCUACCGAAACUCGAAGUUGACCUAUCUGUUGCAAUCAUGUCUGGGAGGAACGUCGAAGACUUUGAUGAUUGUUAAUGUUCCCCCAUUCGAAGAACAUUAUUCCGAAAGUAUAAAUUCGUUGAGGUUUGCUUCCAAAGUUAAGCAAGUCAAAAAUUUACUGAAAAGGAAUCGGGCUGUUUCGCCUGCACCCUCAACUCAAUGAGUAUUUGUUGAAUUGUGUUUGUAAAUAUAUUUUGGUAACUCAGUCUUUUGAGAAAUGUAGAAAUACGGUAAAGCUCAAGUUUCCAUCCUAACAGGUGAUUUUUUAAACAAUAUCACCAGAGCCUUAUACCCGGUGACACAAACUCAUAUUAUACCUCUCUUUUCUCCUUUGUCUUUCUAGCUAUAUUUUUGAAAUUCGAAACAUUGAAUAUGCUCACUAGAUGGCACUUUAUCACAUUUUAGAAUUUUUUCCAUUUCCCGGUUUUCUUGGUAAUGACUUUCGAUUCUCAAAUUACCUAAAUUCCAUAAUCGGUUAGGGAUUAUUAUAACGAAUUCAAUGAUACCGGGUUUGAUUGGAUUAUGUCAUACGAUUAGGAAGAUAU